AUGUUAUGCAACCCCGCCAUUAGAGAAUUCAGGAUACUCCCUCCACUCCCUUGUCAAAGAAGGCAUUAUAGCCACCCUUAUUAUAGACAUCUAGGGUUUGCUUUUGAUCCCAAAGCCAAUGAUUAUAAAGUGCUUAAAGUCGCCCCACAACAGGAGUACGACCCUAGGAUUUCUGCUUAUACGCAUGUGGAGGAAAGAGUUCAAAUUUACAAUAUGAGUACGGACUCGUGGAGAGAAAUCGUUGCUAUGGUACCGAAAGGUACCCUAUGCGAUCCUCGGCAUUCGUUUUCCACAUCAUUGAAUGGGGUGUUUUAUUUUGUGGCUUUGGCUCCUAAUGCUUGUUUUAAAAUUAUUGCUUUCCACAUGUUUGGAGAAUUGUUCGAACAAGGACUCCCUUGCCCUAGGUACUUGGGACCCUCCCGGGCGGUGGCGGGAAAAGAAUCAUUACUUUGCAUGUGGGCAAGGUAUGGAGAUCGUUGGAACAAAAAAUACAGUACUGGACCCAUUUUAGGAAGUCAUCGCGCAUUGGCAUUUCAGGAAAACGGCGAACUUCUUCUUUUGAGGAGCAAAGAUUGCCGGUUGGUGUCGUACAACCUUGAUACCCAGAACAUGAAAGAGCAUCAUCGAGAAUACGGUGAUUCGACAUUAGUUGAAUUUCAAGUCUUCACAGAGAAUUUAGUUUCGGUCAAGAGAUGUGCUUACUGA